CGGAUACCCAGUCUUUUGUCCCGUCCGUCUUUACACCAACUUUCGUCAUGUCAUGAUCCGCCGCUGCGCAAGAUGCCUCCGACCGUGACUCUGGAACUGAUGCCCCGGCAAUUGGAGGCCAAGGCUUUCGGCGAUGAUUGGACUGGCGUGACGAGCACGGCCGAGAGACGAAAGCGCCAAAAUCGACUCCAUCAAAGGGCGUACCGAAAGAGGAGACGUACUCGUCCUACCGGCGUGCCAAUCUCGGACCACUACUCAUCGUAUAUUGCAUGUACCGCAAGUGACGCCGCGGAUAGCAACCGUCGGAUCAGGACAGUGGGAGAUGGAGUGGGCGAUGACAGGAGGCUUUCCGCCGGUCAUCCUCCCCCUCCUCCUCCACCACCACCAGAGGGAUGCCUCCUCCUACCCACCCCUAAAUCACGCACAGAGAUCGACAACUUCGCGCAAAGAGCGCACCAAGAUUACAGUCACGGCACGCUGCGGCUGGAACACCUCCACACUCUCAUACGGCUCAAUGUCCUGAAUGCAAUCUCACACAACGCAGCGCUGCUUCGUUUUAGAUUCCAAGGGCUUUGUCGGCCCGAGCUCGUAUCACCAUUCUACCUGGACGCCCGCCAUCUCCCUAACACGGCCCCAACGGCAGCGCACACUUGUCCGGAGUGGCUUCGUCCGACAGUGUUACAGGUUGCAGUGAGGCAUCAUCCCUGGAUUGAUCUGAUUCCCUUCCCCCGCAUGCGGGACAAUAUCCUGCGCGCGUUGGCGGCUGGCCUCCUCGACAAUAAGGAGUUGGGUUUCGACAUUCUCGACGUGGCAGUAGCAAACGAUCGCCGUAACACGGCCUCUCUUAUCGUCUGGGGCGAGGCAUGGGACCCCCGAGGGUGGGAGGCCAGCGUCCCUUUCCUUCAGAAAUGGGGUUGGCUGCUGGAGGGCUGCCCAGUAAUCCUGGAGGCGACAAACUACUGGCGCCAAAAGAGGGGGGAGGGGAAGCUAAUUCUCUAACAUGGGUGCUGGGAUAACCGUUUCAGCUCCAUUUACUUCUUUCAUUGAGGCAGAGGCAGAUUGUGCGUAAUUGUGUGGUUGAUUUUGGAAUACCGAACGUGGCGGCAUCUUGGUUACCCUUCAUACCUGUGGUGAAUAAAACGCACCUUCAAAAACCCAACCCAAUGAAUCAACACGGUUGCUGCAAUAUCUCACCACUUGCUUGCCGCUGGCCAUGAGGGAAACGGUGCGGGAAAGAGCAGCGUCUAGGAGGGAAGCAUUAGAGAAGCCGGGGUGGGCAGCGGAAAUCCGGAAAUGGGGUAUAUCGGCAGUACAUGUUCACAGGGAUGAC